CACUAUUAUACACUAUUAUACAUAAUUAUACUCUUGUUAUACCCUUGUUAUACCCAGCCUUGCGCUACUUUGGGAAUAUAUGCAUGCCAACUGCCAACUCAUGAUAGAGUACCAUUUCAGGCUUCAUCUUUUGCUUCCUGCUUCUUAUUAACGCUUGCUCUCUGCUAUAUCCAUCCCUAAAGGCGCGCGGCACUCCCUCAAAGUUGUGCCGUGAGAGGGUCCCUGCGUUUCGUUUGCGACGGUGAGCUAAGGUACACCCUGGAACCCCCAACCCAACUUCAGCUCCAAUGGCCUCGACUGCUGCCCUAUGAGACGAACGUUCGUCAAAUUGUGUCGGUGACAGUUGCUCUUGCUUGGAAAUACCCCAUUGUGAUCUGCUACACCCUGCAUCUUCAACCGCGAGUUUACACUUCCAUCUCCAUUCGCAUCAGCAUAUCCACAUCGCGUCAAUUUCACUUGUUGUUGCCCGUUGUAGCUGUCGGAGAUAGCUUCGAUCGACAUGGCCGGCAAGCCAGCGCCGUACUGGGGAGCUAUCAACCCACCGCCCGAAGUUGUCGCUCAACGACAGGGCUCUCUUCGAAAGGGCUCUCUAGGCAAUGGAUCUACGGGCCCGAAUCUGCAGAAAGCCCUCCCUACUGAACCAUAUCCUCGAGCCCCCCAGCCUCAGCCCCAGCCCAGGCCCGACCGCUAUUCGAUCCAGAGCCAGGCGCCUACGGAAUCGACGCUGAGCCCAUUCGCAUCGCCAGUCGAGUCGACAUUCCGCGCCGAAGGUCUUGCGCCUCGACCUCCCUCAUACCAAUACGGCGGAGACCCCUACAACAAGGAAUCGUUGGAGAGACGGCGCAAACGCGCCAGUCGAGAAAAGGCCCAACAGCUAUUCGAAGAAAGCACUGGCCCUCCACCAGCAGCCCCAGAAGUUCCUCGGCAGGGUCCCCCAUCGAGCUAUAGGCCUCCGCAGUCCAAUGGCGACCGAUACUUGGAGUCGGAGGGCAUCAGGUCUCGGAGGCCAUCCGAACCCGUCGAACGCGCUAGACAGAACCCCGAAGAUUAUUACCGCGAAGCUUCCCAAUUGAACAAAGAUCGCGGGGCUGGGCGUAGGCCACUGAAUGUCGAUACGGAACUCGGUCGAGCAAAUACUUCUGGGAAUCCCGCGAGUCGCGACGACAACGCCGAGAGAUCAAAUAUAAGACGAGGGAGCGUACAAGCGCGAAAGGAGAGGCCGGAAAUCCGGAGCGCGGUUGCUAAUUCGCAAAACCGAAGGCGAUCAAGCGCUACCGAGGCAGGGGCACAGCAGCAGUACACGUCAGAGAGGUCGCCGCUGCAGAAGUUGGAACGGACUCUCAUCACCAAGGAAGAGAAGCGUGCACGCAUGGAAGAAGCCGAACGGCGCGCAAGAGAGGCAAAAACAGGCCGCACUGGCCAAAACACCGUCCAUUUCGGGGCCAGAGCACCCGCAGAUGCGAGAAGCGAGCCGCGGGCUUUGCCAGAGGAAAGAGAGAUACCAAGAGAGAGAGAGAGAGAUACAAGGGGAUUGGGUAUCGUUGGACAGGAUGACCGCCAGAUUCCGAGUCUGCAAGAAAGCAUGAAACCGGUGCCUGUGCGACCUCCUGCUCCCAUCGGAAAAGAUGUUAGUUAUCAGCCGAAGCCUCAACUCCAGCCACAUCCUGAGCCUCAGAGUGAGACUGCGGCGCCUCCUCAACCCGAUGUGCAACCUGGGGUUCAGCGAGGACGGAGCUUCCGAGAGCGCGCGGGAGCGUUUUUGCAGCGGAGUAAUAGUAACAAGCUGAAAAAGAAAGAGCCAAAAUCUAAUUGGGGUGUUAUGGCAGACGAGCUGAAAGCGGGUAAUGCGGCUGCAGCGGUAAACAACUCUCAAGGUCAUGAUGGCCAGACGCAGCGAGGAUUCUCGGCGGUGCCCUUGGACUCCGCCCAGACCAAUGCUGGACAUAGAGGCCGUGGUGCUGCUGUCCUGGGCGCUGCUGCCCUGGGUUCUGCUGUUCUGGCUAGUGGUGGUUCAAAACGCCAAGAUAGAAAUAAUUUGGAUACGGAAGGACUGUCUGAUGAUGAUACUUCAGACGCCGUGCCAAUACGAGGAAACUCGACGCGGAAGAUUGAGCAACUGAUGGGAAAUAAACUCGGGACAGACAUCCGAAGAACAAUGUCUCCACAGCAACAGCAACUCUUUGCGGACAGGCUUGAUCGCUCAGAGGAGUUGGGUCCGGAGUUAAAUGCCAACCGUGAGCGUGAGCUCGACGGUGGAGCAACGGAUAUGGCGACUGUAAAUGGACCGAGGUAUGCUGUUCCCGCGGCGGCUGCUGCUGGAAACUAUGGCCAGGAGCAGGCAGCGACAGGGCCGGAUGGGCACCAUUACUUCUCGAAGAUUGUCCAUGCAGGCCGAAACAAGCGAGAUCCGUUUACGCCAGGAUAUGGCCUAUACGCCCCUCCAGAACGGCUGUUUGAGUGGAAGACUGCUGGCGUGGCAUCUCUGACCAGGACGUUGCUUGAUGUGAAGGAGCCUCUACCGAAGCAAACAGAAGCGGAUAAGGAUAAGGCAUGGUGGGAAGCUGGGAACACUGGGAGACGAAGACGUAGUGUUGCGAAAGCAACUGAGAAUGCAGAGACUCACAAGGUGGUCAAGGAUGGUCCCACUGGAUUUAGCCCACGACUAUUCUUAAAGUGUGGACCUCUACUCCGCUACGCUGGUAUGAAGAAGGAGAAGGCGUCUCAGCGACCCGGGAGUCGUGCGGCAGCUCCAGCCAAAGAAAUUUGGAGAGGCAGUGUGAUGAUAGUCACAGAGGAUGCACGUUCCAAGUACGAUGAGGCGGUGCCGACUCUACGUCUAUUUGCCCAGCCGAAAUCUCUGUUCCCGCCACCGCCGCGUCACUUUAAGAGCGGCGCUGAUGUUGCGCCAGAGUAUGUUGACCCUCUUGCUGGGCAGACGAAGGUUGGGCGCGAUGGGAAGACGUUGUAUGUUCGCCCGGUGGAGGAAUUAGAAGAGGCUAUUGAUCUGUCGAGAAAUGAGUCCGAUGAAGGCAUCUUUGAGGGACAACGCAGUCCGUCAGCUCAUGCAGAUGGCUCUGCUGGCCAGGUGGAUGGCGAGAUGGCAGGAAAAGUGGCUACUGUGAAGGGAUUCCGUCUACAUGCUGAACGUGGUGUUACAUUUUGGCGUUUCAAUAUUGAAGUUGAGCUUACUGACAAGCAACAACGCAUUGCAUACAAGAUCAACAAUGGUCCGGCAACCGGUUUCUGGGUUCCAGCUCUGGGACAGUCCAUGAACAUGAUGUUCCACAGCUGCAACGGCUUCAGUCUCAGUGUUAACUCGGAUGAGUUCAGCGGACCCGACCCGAUGUGGCGCGAUGUGAUGAAUACCCACCAAACGCAGCCAUUCCAUGUCAUGAUUGGAGGCGGAGAUCAGAUUUACAAUGAUUGUGUCAUGAAUCAGACGGAGCUUUUCGCGGAUUGGCUUUCUACCAAAAACCCGAUCCAUAAGCACAAUGCGUCAUUUACGCCAGAGAUGCAGGAUGAACUGGAGGAAUUCUAUCUCAACAGGUAUUCUACGUGGUUUUCUCAGGGCUUGUUUGGCCUCGCCAACUCUCAGAUUCCUAUGGUGAAUAUCUUCGAUGACCACGAUAUCAUUGAUGGCUUUGGAUCGUAUCCGCACCACUUCAUGGAAUCGCCAGUAUUCUCGGGGUUGGGCAACGUUGCAUUCAAGUACUACAUGCUCUUUCAACACCAGAGUAGCAUCGACGAGGGGGAAGAUACGGAACCUAGCUGGCUUAUCGGUGAAAGCCCUGGGCCAUAUAUCAAAGAGCACAGCCGCAGUGUUUUCAUGUCUAUGGGAGCGGGCAUCUCCUUUCUUGGGAUGGAUUGCCGGACUGAGCGCGGUCGCGAAGAUGUGUUGUCGGAAGAAACUUACCACAUGAUUAUGGACCGAUGUCACGAUGAGAUUGUUUUGGGUGAAACUAAGCAUCUUAUUGUGUUGAUGGGUGUUCCGAUUGCAUACCCCAGACUCGUGUGGCUUGAGAAUAUUCUUACUUCGAAAGUCAUGGAUCCUGUAAAGGCUCUUGGUCGGGCAGGGCUAUUCGGCAGCUUUCUCAAUCAAUUUGAUGGUGGUGUUGAGAUUCUCGACGAUCUUGAUGACCAUUGGACUGCUAAAAGCCACAAAAAGGAGCGACAAUACCUCAUCGAAGACCUUCAAGACCUAGCAGCUGAUAAGUCAGUUCGCAUUACCAUUCUCGGCGGUGACGUGCAUCUCGCAGCCAUCGGGCAGUUCUACAGCAACCCCAAGCUAGGAAUCCCCAAAGACAAAGACCACAGGUACAUGCCCAACGUCGUAUCCUCCGCCAUCGUAAACACCCCUCCACCAGACAUGAUGGCCGACAUCCUCAACAAGCGCAACAAAGUCCACCACUUCGACGACGAGACCGACGAGAGCAUGAUCCCCAUCUUCACCCACGACGUGGACGGCAAGAAGCGCAACAACAACUGCCUCCUCCCCCGCCGCAACUGGUGCUCUAUCCGCCCAUACAACCCGGAGCUCUCACCCCCCUCAACACCAUCCGACGAGCGCAGCCCUAGUCCCGAACGCCCUGGUCUUCUCCGCCGCCUCUCCAUGACGCGCCGCCCAACAUAUCGCGCAGAUGCACCGAUGCGGAAUGAACCGUCCCGCCCGCCUCUUGCACGUGGCGGCAGCGGUCUCCUACGCCGUCUAUCUUCCAGCCGAGGACGCCCGACGGAGCCUUACCCCGGGGGAAGACCCGAGACACCCCAGCGUACGCGAAGUCUCACUCGAGACUUCCGCCCCGCAGCGCUCUUCCGACGUCUCUCAGGCCGACAAGGCAAGCGCACCAGCAACAGUGGCGGCAUCAACGGCUACGGCUCCGAGACCGACUCCGAGCCGCCGUAUAGCAGCGAAGACGUACGAAUCCCGCGCAUCAGGGGCGGUGCGGGUGAUGACGACUACUUCAGCGCUAAACACAAGGGUAAACAACCUGUGCGCAACCAGAGCAGCUCAGACGGCUUCAGCUUCGACGAAUCUCCACCUCUAUCCACCGCCGCGGCACUACCACGCACACGGGCCCACGAACGUCCGCCACCAAGCCACCGCAAUAACUCCCUAUCCGAACGCGUGCAAUCCGCGGAAGCGAUCGGGUCGCCGCGCGUUCCGCCGCUGAGGGCGUUCCAUCGGACGCCGACGGGGUUGAGUUUGAAAGCGGCGAAGGCUGGGAGGGAGCCGAGGGAGGAGGAUGCGAUUGAUCUUGAGGGGGGGCUGGAGAUUACGUUGAAUGUGGAGGUUAAUCAGCGGGAUCCGGCGGGGAUUACGGCGCCGUAUCGGUUGUUGGUUCCGGCGCUUUUCUUUGAUGGGGGGGUGGGGAAGGGGGUGGAGAGGAAGAAGAGUGUUGUGCAGAGGUUGAUUGGGAUGGGGAGGGAGGGGGUGGGGAUGUGAAAUGCGUAGGGGAUGUGAAAAGCGUAGGGGAUGUGAAAAGCGUAGGGGAGGAAAAUCGUAGGGAAGAUGUGUGGUUUUGGGAAGAGGGGGAUAUAAUACCCAUUUGUUUCGUUCAUUUUGGAGCGGGAUAGCGUAGAGUGUAUACUGAUUGAUAGAUUGAUUUUAUAGCGAGCGAUCUAGCCAGCGGGGGACGAUAUAUUGGAAUUAUAGGAGCG